AUGGAAUAUCAACGUCAAUUAUUAGAGGAGUUAUUUGCUCCUUUCGAAACAUCUUCAAAGCAUAACUUUUGGGAUGACGCUGUCUGUAAACAUUUUUUAGUCAAGUUUUGCCCGAAUUCACUUUUCACCAAUACGAAAUCUGAUCUUGGACCUUGUAACAAAGUUCACGAUGAAAAACUUCGUCAACAAUAUCAAGAAGCACAAGAUCGUGAAAAGUAUGGAUAUGAAGCAAAGUUCUAUGAUUAUUUGCAAAUGUUAUGUAACGAUUUAGAUAAAAAAAUUAAAAAAGGGAACGAUAGACUAAACGUUCGUCCAGACGAUACUCUUUUAAAUCCCAAUAAAGAUGAAAAAGAAGAAAAAAUGAUAAUCUUGGACGAAAAAAUUAAAGAAUUGUUAGUGAAGACCGAGGAAGCAGGAGAGGAGGGACGUGUUCAAGAAGCACAAACUUUAACUAAAGAAGUAGAAACGCUUCAAAAGGAUUUGGAUUUCUUAAAAAACGUGAGUAAUAGUCGAAAUAUAGGUCCACUGACCGAUGAUUCAAACCCAUUAUUUAAACAAGAAAGAAGAAUGUUGGUUUGUGAAGUAUGUGGAGCAUUUUUGGUGACGAAUGAUACAUCUAAUCGAAUGGAUGCUCAUUUACAAGGAAAGCAACAUACGGGAUAUAAACAAAUUCGUGAAACUCUUCAGGAAUGGAAGCAUAUUCAGCAAUUACGAGCACAUCCUUCAUCUCGUGAUACAAAUCAUCGUGAUUAUCGUCGAGAUUCAUAUUCUCGGCACGAACCUUAUCCUCGUAAUCGCAGAGAAAAGCAUAGAGAGAGAGAUUAUCGACGUGAGGAAAGAGAUUAUGAAGAUUAUCCUCGAAGAAGAAGUAGUAAAGAAAUUCGACGGGAACGAGACGAUAGAGGUGAUAGAGGCGAUCGAGAAGAUUUUAAUACUUUACUCGAAUAUGCAGAAGAUUAUGAUGUUAUAAUUAGAGUAGGAAAACGGAACUUAAACAAACAGUUUCAAGCACACUCCAUUAUAUUAAGGGCGAGGUCUGAAUAUUUUCGAGCAGCUUUAUCAAAUAAAUGGGCAAGAAAAGAAGGAACCAAAUAUAUAUUUGAAAAACCCAAUGUUAGUCCGAUUGUGUUUGGAGUAAUACUUAGUAAAGUUCGACAAUUUGAAAAGAUUUUACCUCGAAAUUUAAAAUUAAGAUUAUUACAACGUUUCCUAACAAAAUCCACCACAAAAAAUGCCGGAAUCCAAUAUGAAAAUAGAUUACCAAUUCCGAGAAUUAUCGGUACGGUACCACCAGAAAGAACAAUAGAUUCAACCAUUAUUGCACAACAACAUGCCGCAUUAAUAGCAUGUUGGAUAGAUCGAAAAAUUAUAAAAGAUUCAUCUUCAUAUAUUGAUAUGUUCCCAACUCCUUAUUAUUUCAGAAUUAAAGGGGAUUGUGUUAAUGAUGCAAUUUUACUUCAAGAUCGAUUAGGACCAUCAUUUGGAUUUUAUGAAUUAAAAAUUAUUGAUGGAGCUCAACAAGGUGGAUCAAGUUAUGCAUCAGGUGGAUUAAGAUAUGAAAAUGUUAAAACAUACAUGACUACUUCUACUAAAAAAUUUGGUCUUCUUCCAAAUGAGGCAGAUAAAAUUAAACAUUCCAUUGCGGGAGCUGUGGCAGGUUGUGUUAGUUCAAUUGUUACUUGCCCUUUAGAUGUAGUAAAGACAAGAUUACAAAAUCAAGGGAAACAAUUGGAGGAUCCUAAAUUUCCUUUAUAUCAAGGCACCGGAGGAACCCUAAAACGAAUAUGGGCAGAAGAAGGGAUACGUGGUUUAUAUCGAGGUCUUGGACCAACAUUAUAUGGUUAUUUACCAACCUGGGCUAUUUAUUUUAGUGCUUAUGAUUAUUUUAAAUUGAUUUUGGCAGAAAGAAGAGGACGAAGAACAGAUAAUCAAUGGAUAAUACAUAUACUCGCGGCCAUGGGUGCAGGUGCCUCGAGUACAAUAGUCACUAAUCCAUUAUGGGUGAUAAAAACACGACUUAUGACACAAAACGAAACAACUGCAUACAGAUAUAGAAAUACGUGGCACGCUUUUUCUACCAUAUACAAGCAUGAAGGGAUGAAAGGAUAUUAUAAAGGUCUGGGUCCUUCUUUAAUGGGUGUGAGUCACGUUGCCGUACAAUUUCCUUUAUAUGAAAAAAUGAAAAUAUGGUUAAAAGAACCAGAUAAAGAAUUGUCCAAUCCUUCAAUCUUAUUCGCAUCAUCCGUUUCAAAAAUGGCGGCAUCAAUUGCAACCUAUCCACAUGAAGUGGUUCGAACGAGAUUACAAAAUCAAACAAAAAAAUCAUCUAAAUAUAAAGGUGUAUGGCACGCGGUUAAAAUCAUUGAAAGUGAAGAAGGAUGGUUGGCUUUUUAUAAAGGGAUGUCAACCAAUUUAUUAAGAACCGUACCCGCAAGUGCGUUAACGAUUUUAACAUAUGAAGUUUUAGUUAAAAGGUUAAACGCGAGUUCAGGAGAAACAAUUAUGUAG